CACAGGCGGAAACCACGCCCCUCCCCCAAAACUUAAAGGGCCAGAAGCAGCUCCCGCUCCUCGGCCCUUCCGCACUUUUGGGGGACGGGGGUGCGCAGGCGCAGUGGGGGAGCUCUGGGGUAGGGGUAGCGGUCGCGUAUUAAGUUGCUCUCUGUCCUGGCAGAAGAAGCUAGGGCGCUGAGGGUCCAGGCGCCAGCUCGCUCUCCCCUACAGCAGUUGGAGGAGAAAAGUUCGUGAAUUGGGCCCCCAAGUUUUGGGGGACCCGGGCUUGCUGCGCGGAGCGACAGAGGAGGCCCGUGGGAGCUUCUCCCAUGGAGCCCACCCAGCCUGCAGAGGACCUCAACCUGACCCAGCAGACCCCCACCCCAGAAUUUGGAGACCCUGAAGACCCUGGGGAUGAGGCCCCCGAUGGCUCCGACACUGUAGUCCUCAGUCUCUUCCCCUGUACUCCGGAGUGUGGGAAUCCUGAGCCCGAUGCUGGCGCCUCCUCACCUCAGGGCCCCUGGAGAGCAGCGGUUUGGUCUCUUGCCCAGAACAUUGCCCAAGCGGAGGAGAAAUGCACACCCUGGGCAUCCGGGAGAGUGGAAGAAGUGGAUGGUGGAUGGUGGGGCAGCUCCCUCAAGCACUCCACGACCCUCACCAACCGGCAGCGGGGGAACGAGGUCUCAGCCCUCCCGGCCACCCUGGACUCCCUGUCCAUCCACCAGCUUGCAGCCCAGGGGGAGCUGAGCCAGCUGAAGGAGCAUCUGAGGAAAGGCGACAACCUCAUCAACAAGCCGGACGAGCGCGGCUUCACUCCCCUCAUCUGGGCCUCGGCCUUCGGAGAAAUUGAGACCGUCCGCUUCUUGCUCGAGUGGGGUGCUGACCCCCACAUCCUAGCCAAGGAGCGGGAGAGUGCCCUGUCACUGGCCAGCACAGGUGGCUACACGGACAUCGUGGGGCUGCUACUCGAGCGUGACGUGGACAUCAACAUCUACGACUGGAAUGGAGGGACGCCACUGCUGUACGCCGUGCGUGGGAACCAUGUUAAGUGUGUCGAGGCCUUGCUGGCCCGAGGAGCUGAUCUCACCACCGAGGCUGACUCUGGCUACACCCCGAUGGACCUCGCUGUGGCCCUGGGAUACCGGAAAGUGCAACAAGCGAUCGAGAACCACAUCCUUAAACUCUUCCAGAGCAACCUGGUACCCACCGAUCCCGAGUGAAGGCCACCUGCCGGGGACUCAGACAUUCAGGGAACGAAACGGUUGACCCAGAGCUGGGGGAACCCAGAACUGGCUUCAAAGGCAGCUCCUGGACAGACGGCGGGAGGGGGCCCUUCCCAAGAGGAGCCAAUAAACCUUCUGUGCAGAA